CUUCUUCCUCAGUAAGAUCAUCAACUUGUAUUCCUCACUUCCUUAGCUCCUCCUCUUCCUUGUUCCUCCUCUUACAAUGGCAAAAAUGCCUUUAGAGCCUCUAAUAGUGGGGAGAGUCAUAGGAGAAGUUCUUGAUUCUUUCACCACAAGCACAAAAAUGACUGUGAGUUACAACAAGAAGCAAGUUUACAAUGGCCAUGAGCUCUUCCCUUCCACUGUCAACACCAAGCCCAAGGUUGAGAUUGAGGGUGGUGAUAUGAGGUCCUUCUUUACACUGAUCAUGACUGACCCUGAUGUUCCUGGCCCUAGUGACCCUUAUCUGAGAGAGCACUUGCACUGGAUAGUGACAGAUAUUCCAGGCACAACAGAUGCCACAUUUGGGAAAGAGUUGGUGAGCUAUGAGGUCCCAAAGCCUAAUAUUGGAAUCCAUAGGUUUGUGUUUGUCCUGUUCAAGCAAAAGCGUAGACAGUGUGUUACUCCACCCACUUCAAGGGACCACUUCAACACACGCAAAUUCGCAGCAGAGAACGACCUUGGCCUCCCUGUGGCUGCUGUCUACUUCAAUGCACAGAGGGAAACGGCUGCAAGAAGACGCUAGCUAUAGCUAAGUAGCUGCUGGUUUUGCCACUGCAACAACCAAAGUAGUAUUGUAUUGAAUAAAGCGAUAAAAAGGUACAAGUACAAGGAGUUUCAGUAGUGGAAGUUGAUCUUCACAUGUGGCUUCAAAUAACUUGCAGAAAGAAGGAAGAUAAUCAUUUUCUAGUUUGACUAGUGUGUAUGCUAUGUUUUACUUUCCAUCAGAUGUUGUGUACGUUCUGUAGUAUAAGUGUACUACGUGUAUUAUUAUUACCUCGUGGGUACUACUAUGAGGUGAUCUUAUAUAUAUAUAUAUAAAGAAAUAAGAGGUUUGGUAGGCCA